AUGGGACCUAGUGGUGCUGGAAAAAGUUCUUUAAUGAACAUUCUGGCUGGAUAUCGCACGAAAAAUGUAUCCGGGAAUAUAUUUGUUAAUAAUAGAGAGCGCAAUCCUCAAGAAUUCCGCAAAAUGUCCUGCUACAUUAUGCAAGAUGACCUCUUAUUACCCCACUUGUCGGUUGAGGAAGCAAUGAUGUGCAGUGCAAAUCUCAAGCUGAAUGAAACAAUUAGUACAGAAGAAAAAAGACAGAUAGUGGAUGAUAUUUUGAAUGUAUUAAGUCUUCGUGAUGCCAUUCACACAAGAACAUCUCAACUUUCUGGGGGUCAGAAAAAGAGGCUUGCUAUUGCUCAAGAACUUGUCAACAAUCCACCAGUUAUGUUCUUUGAUGAACCGACGAGUGGAUUGGACAGUGCUUCUUGUUACCAAUGCAUUUCACUCCUGCGGACUUUAGCUCGUGGAGGCCGGACUAUAAUAUGCACUAUUCAUCAGCCAAGCGCAAAGAUAUUUGAAAUGUUCGAUCACGUAAGCCGGGCACUGUAUUUGUAUAAAUUGUUUUUCCUUAAAUCUGAAUUACGAAAUAUAGGUAUCAUUCAUUAA